CUUCGAUUUCCCAUCGCCAAAACCCCACCUCCCUCACCAUUCGAAUCCCUCUCUAGACCCGCGCCCUCGUCCUCGCCCUCAUCCUCCAUUCGAACCGACUCGUCCAGCCAUCCAAACUCAAGCGCCUCAAUCCGCGACACUGAUAAUUUCAUCAGCAACCCGCUACCUGCAAUUAAUUUCCCUCUACGCCCUUCUAAAGCCCCGGCCUCAACGACUAGGUGGCAACAUCGACAAACCCCUCUCCCGCCCUCCUUUUUGGCCUUCCUGACCUCGCAACCGACCUGACGCGUCCCUUGGCUCAACUCUUCCAGCCUCGUUCAUCAAAAUCAAAAAGAAAACACUCUUCUCGCGCUCGGAACCGCACCUUUAAACAAGCCGUGAUCCAAGAGACUCACAGCGAGGUGCUAUCCAGGUGCUGGAAGGGUCCCUCGCCCACCCCUGCCCAUGAGUCACUUACUCUGGAAAUAUUACUGGGAAAACGAUGUCGAAAGGUUUCGGCGUCUACUGGCCCCGGCCGCCCACGCGUCACAAACCUCCACGAGGAGUCCGGGGAUAGGCGCUGCAUCUCUGGGCGGAAGUCCCGGUCCUUAUGGGACCUCUCCCCGGAAUCUCAAGACACGCAAGGCCUCGACCGGUGGCAUCGGCGCCGCCACCUGCAAGAAUAUCAACUCAAAUCUCGGCAAGGCCGAAAUUAACAGUCGCGACCACGCCGGCCUCACUGUGCUCCUCCGAGCCGCUUCCUCGCCCGAUUCCGCCGCCAUCCUUUUUGUUCAGGCACUGCUUGACCACCCCGCCAUCGACCUAUACGUCCAAGACCCCGAGAGUGGCUGGAAUGCUCUCCACAGGGCACUAUACAACGGAAAUGUUGCUGUCGCCCGCCUGCUGCUCGAGCGAGAGCGUCGCAUAUUGACCGAACAGACGCUGGGAAGCUCCGUGGCCAAGGCUGGCCAGCUGAUCAAGACCAAGGACCGUGAAGGCAAUAGCCCUUUCGACCUGUACAACUCGACUAUUGCUGUACGAAACCUAUAUGACUCGGCUGGGUCCGAUCAUUCCGACCUCGAAUCUGACAUGGACGACGCCUCCGACGGAGGCCAGGCGUUGAUGGGCUCCGUCGCCGCACUAGGUGGUGCAUCUGAAGGCGAGGAGAUCUUUGUCUUCGGAAGCAACCGAAACAUCUCACUUGGAGUAGGCGACGAAGAUGAUCGACAGUUCCCCGAGAGGGUUACUCUGAAACGGCCCGAUCAGCUCGUGCGGCGAUUCUACGAGGAACACCUUACAAGGACGAAGCCAACCUCACACGGGACGACGAAUCUUACGGCUGAGGACAUGGACAUGGAGGAAAUACCCGCCUUGAUUAGGAACCGGCCUCUACGGAUUCAUGACGCCGUUCUGUCCAAGUUGCAUACGGCCAUAUUGACAACCGACCCUGUAUCGAACCUUUACAUUUGUGGCGUCGGCCGCGGUGGACGACUUGGUCUGGGUGAUGAAAAUACUCAGUUCCGCUUUGUGCCCGUCCAGGGGGCUCUCGCCGAGAAGAAGGUGGUGCAAGUUGCACUAGGCCAAAACCACACCAUGGCAGUCACGGAUGCCGGCGAACUAUGGACCUGGGGAUCCAAUAGCAGCUCUCAGCUAGGAUACAGCUUGCCGUCGCCCGCUAGGCAGGACGAGGAACCUAUGAGCACUACUCCACGACAAGUGUUUGGGACCCUCAAGAAGGAGGUCGUCGUGGGCGUUGCAGCAUCCACCGUACAUUCUGUAGCCCACACGUCGACGUCUCUGUUUUGCUGGGGCAAGAACCUUGGCCAGCUGGCCCUUAUGGAUGCGGAUUCGAGGUCCUUGGAGGUCCAGCCAAACCCUCGAAAAGUUGCUGCCUCGCUCUUCUCCUCACCUAUCGCUGCAGUCUCGGCCAUCGACAAGGCGACCACAGUCUUGCUGGCCGAUAGUACAGUCUGCGUCUUUACUAGUUACGGCUACAACUUUGUUAAGUUCCCCUCCCCCGACGUUUUUGUCAACCACCAGUUCGCCACGUCCACGUCGACAAGGUAUGGUUCAGCAAAGAACCAAGUUAGCCGCAUUACUUCCGGCGGUGAGACAAUUGCCGCAGUCACCACAAGAGGCGACCUGUUCACCAUGACAUUGAAUCACAAGUCCGACGCUGCCCCUGUGGCCACUUCCACGACGAACCCCUCCAAGAUUAAGGGCGCUGUCACGACACCGCAGUGUGUCUGGAACGCUCGGAAGGAUGGCGUCAAGUCGGUAAGCGUUGGCGAGCAUGGCGCUGUCAUUAUAUGUACAGAGUCUGGGGCAGUCUGGCGACGCAUCAAGCGUGCCAAGGCCAAAGAUGCCGCCAUUCCAGGGUCAUCGGACAUCAAACGAAAGGACUUUAAGUUCCAGCGUGUUCCAAGCGUGACAAACGCUGUGGCUGUCAGAAGUUCCACUUUUGGCGCGUUCGCAGCAAUCCGCAAGGAUUGCGACGUCAUGAAGCAACAAAUCAAUAUCGAUGAGCAGUCUCUCUGGGAGGAUGUGGCAUCGUUGCUUCCGUUGAGAGGCUUCCAGGCCUCGACGCCAAGCGGCGGUGACAAGGAUACACUCGGGUUCUGGAAGGCCGAGGACUUAAAGUACAGGAUUGGAGAGUUGGCAUAUGAGCUUCUUAAGAGUGCGGAUUUGGAGCGCGAUCUGCGCUCAUUCCUCCUCCACCUGAGUCCGCAGGACGAUCUCAACAUGGAGGUCUGUACAUCGACUUCACCGGAUAUCAAGAUCCCGAUUCAUUCCUGGCUUCUGACGGCCCGAAGCUAUGUUUUGCGAGGCCUGCUUAGCCAGUAUCGCAAUGCGGGGGAGUGCGAGAUGACCCAAGUAUUGAAAAUUGGAGAGGAAGAUGGCAAAACGGUCAUCAUUUUCGACUCGAUUGAUCUGCUUUCUUUGGUCAACCUAGUGGUCUACUGCUACGACGACGCGGUCAUACCGGCUUGGAACCACACCCGUCAAGCGCCUUCUCUCGCGCACAGGUAUCGUCAUGUUCGAAAUGAGCUGAUGAAGUUGGCCACCAAGCUCGACAUGAUGAAGCUUGAAGCAGCGGUGCGUCUGCAAACAACCGUCGAGAAGUCGCUCGACAGGGACUUUCUGAAGGCAACGCAAGACACCAAGUACUUUGAAGACGCCGAUGCCUUGGUUGAACUUGAUGGCGAAGAGGUGCCAGUUCACAGUCAGCUCAUGCGCCAAAGAUGCGAGUUUUUCGAAGGCCUAUUCCAUGGACGCGCUGGCGGAAUGUGGCUCGCAGGCCGCCGUGACGAGUUAGACGAGGAGGAACUUGUUCAUGUUGAUCUGAGUCAUUGCGACCCCAAGGCCUUCCAGUACGUUUUGCGAUACCUUUACGCAGACGUCGGCCCUGAUAUCUUCAACGAGGCUACUGCAGCGAACAUUGAUGACUUCUCAGAUCUCGUCAUGUCUGUGAUGAGCAUCGCAAACGAGCUGAUGCUCGAUCGGCUGUCACAGAUCUGCCAGUUCAUCAUUGCGCGCUUUGCCAACACGAGGAACAUUGCCCUGUUGCUGAACGAAAUCAGUGCCUGUUCGGUUACAGAGUUCAAAGACGCCGGCCUGGAGUACAUUUGUUUGCAGAUGGAGGCUCUGCUUGAGAAUCACUUUUUGGAUGACUUGGACGAAGACCUAUUAGAGGAAUUGGACAACGUUGUACGAGAGAACCAACUGGCUUGCUAUCCCUUUGCGAGGAGCGGCCGAGCUGAGCUGCUCUUGUUGGAGAAGGACCCCGACCUUGCACUGGACAUUGACGAAGAGCGGCGAAGAAGGGUGCGGGAGAUGGCUUUCCGGUUUAGUCAGCGAGAGGACGACAAGAAGAUGUCGUCGUCCUUCAAGACCACCAAGUUCGGCAGCCUUGACGACAUGGCCGCCUCCAUGUCUUCCAGUUUGGAUAAAAGUCGACGCAAGUCCAAGGCUAGCCGGAACGAGUCGUUCAGUCCCAGCUUGAGACCCAAGGACUCCCAGGGGGACCUGAUGUUCAACAUGGACGACGAAGGGCCCUCUCCUCCCAUCUCGCCGUCGCAAAGGGUUGCCGAGGCCAAGGGUCGAUCCGGCAUGGAACGGCUGCCAUCGCUGCCAGGCCCCUGGAAAGACGGCAGAGGCCAAGACGGGUCGCCGCAGUUCCCGGGGCAAAGUCCACCAUCGAGCAGACAGCUUGGCGCGAGCCCGUCGCCGACAAACUCUCGCGGGUUCGGCGCCCAGAGGUCCGGCAGCCCAUGGGCAGCAGCGACUUUCCCAACUGAAAAGAUGGACUUGCGCCAGGUCUUGACGAACACCCCUGCCAAGUCGGCCCUGUCGGCCGGCAUUGCAGCCCAAAAGAGCAAAGAGGCUUCGCCCAAGCCGGCUCAGCCCAAGGUAUCGCAGAAGGAGCGCAAGAAGCAGCAGCUGGCACAGGCAGCAGCACAAGCGGCCCUCGAGGCUGAAGCUCAGCAACCCAGGGCGGCCUGGGACAAGGAAGCGGCUCGAAGCAAACCCGCGCCUUGGAAGGCGGUUCAAAGCGGACCAAAGACAUUGCUGAGGGACACCUUGGUCAAGGGCUCGGCCAAGGCUGUGCCACCGCUGGCGACCAACACCAGGCAGCUGCUCUCGGUCCAAAGUUCGGCGAAUUCGUCACCCCGAAGAGCCGCAUCGCCCGAUACGCGCUUCCCAGGGCAGUCCCGCGUGAGCACCUCUCCUGCAGUGCCUAGUGCAUCGUCGAGCCAGCCGACGGCAAAGCACCUGGUGCCGCACUCCAAGUCGUACAUGACGCCAGCGAGCAAGAGCGAGCCAAUCUUGGGGUUGAGUUUGCAGGACAUCAUCGGGCAGCAGAAGCGAGAACAAGAGAUUGUCAAGGAAGCGGUGGCAAAGAGGUCGAUGCAAGAGAUCCAGCAGGAACAGGAGUUUCAAGAAUGGUGGGACCAGGAGACACGGCGUGUACAGGAGGAAGAGGCUCGUAGGGAAGCCAAGGACAAGAUGAAGGAGGGGAGGAGUCAAAAGGACAGCAAACGAGGGAGACGCGGCCGCGGUGGUCCCAAGAGCAAGAGCGCCGGGCCCUUGGGGCAGGAGCAAGGCGUCAGUAGCGGUGUUGAGGCCGGUGGAUGCGCGGCCAAGGCGCCGAGCGGGCCGGCGAGUAACUCGCGAGGACGGAGCAGUCGGGGGCGGGGAAGGGGCGGCAAAGCAUCGACAGCUGCAGCGGCAGCGGCACCCACCCAGUGAUAACUAAUUGCGUAGUGUUUACAGGCGCUUCUGGGGUGUGGAAGGUGGGUGGUUGUCACGGAAGUCAGAGCCCCGGAAGAAAUUUAGACACGGGUCGGUCAGACAUGGUUAGGUUGGCAACUAGGUUUUACUUAUGGGGCGGACACUGUGGGCCGAGACUGAUGGCAACCAGUGUAAUAGACAAUAUGGCGGGAUGCUUGAAGAAACAUAGAGAGAGAAGGAGAGGGAGAGAGAGAGAGUGUGUGUGUGUGUGUUUCAGAGAGUCAGAGAGAAGAAAAACAAGACUCGUUGGG